UGUGGCUUCAAAUAAUGCCUGCCCGCAGCCUCCUUUAGCUUCAAUCUUCCCCUUCCCUUCGGCGUUCGUACUGCAGUCCGUAUCGUAGAAUAUGGCAUGUGCGUCCUCAUGUUCAACCUAAUGGCAACAAUUGACACGAAUCGUCUUACUUACGCGUAAUGCCUGGAGUGCUCCACGAUAUCCAAGACAACAUACAAGACCAUCCCCUUAUUGCCUACUCCAUCGCGACAAGCUUGGUCAUCGUCAUCUCAGGAACGCUUCUCCAUUUCGGCGGACAACAAUUUGUGCAUACCCCAGAUUUCGCGGAUCUUUUCUCCCUCAGGUACCACCACCAGCCGUCGGGUGACCAUCGCGCGGCUGCUUUCGAUUCCUGGCGACCGUUCGUGCAGCGACUUCAGACCGAGGUUCAUAAUUUGGACGAUCACGCUGCGAGAACAUUCCUUCAAAUCGGCGAGCGGACACGCGAGAUCACGCCUUUGUUUGUUGCACUUGCAGACCGCCUCACAACAACAGCGGGCCAUUCGCUGGACCAUCCCUGGAUCGCGCGUGUACCCAUCCUUCAGGUCCUCACCGUACUUACACUCGCAGCACUUUCGCUCUUCAUCCGCCGAGCAUCAGGGUCUUGGAUCGCAAGACAUCGAGUUACGACGUCAAACUCACUGCACUUUGCUGCGUUUGCCAGUUUCGUAGGUCAGGGGUUCAGCUCGGGUGAUUGGCUGGUGGCUGCGCUAGUCAUGGUCAGCUUCGACGUGUUCCAGCGCGCUUUGGACGGGGACGCUACUGCCAAUGACGAAUCACAACACCAUAACAAUGCACCGUUGUCGGUAGUUGAAACCCUCCUGGAGCAGACGCAUACGCAUGUGGCCGAAUCGCAGAUUGUCGAUCGGCCUAGGCGAUCACUUUCCCGGUCUCAAAAAGGGGACCCCACUUCUAUUAUAGGGCCGUACGACUCGAAGGACCGCGACAUCGUGCGACUACAAUGGUCCCUCACCGACUUGCAGACCGCAAUCAAAGCCAAGGACGUGGAGUUGAGCCUUGUCCGGCAGGAGCUUCUUAAUGCUAAGGAUGCGCUUACAAAAUCAUCUGCAGACAUUUCUACGCUUCAAGAUGACAUGAAGGCCAUGAAGCAGACCCUCGGAACGGACCAUCAAGCCAUUAUUUACCGGAAAGACAUCGAGCUAUUUGCUCUACGCAAAGGGAACGAACAGAAAGAGAGGUACAUGCAAGAGAAACACACCCAAUUCAGCGAAACUUUCAAACAACAACGCGCUACCCUGGAGUUGAAGGAAGCACAGCUGAACGUGCUCAAGGAGCGACUCGCUGCCAUGGAACGUCACGCCAGCCCCAAAUUUAAUCACGACGCCAUCUUCGAGCAAAACGGCAAUGGCGACCACGCACUCGAGGUCCGUCUACUCCGUGUCAAGAAGGGGCGACGAUCUCUGUCUGGCACGUCGAGCUUAGAGGAGGACAAGGACACUAUUAUCGAGCAAUUGAGGCGCGAACUUAGUGCCGCCACCAAGGCCGCUGAUGACGUCGUCAACCAACAAGCGGAAUUGCAAAGAGCUUGGGACAUCAGCAAGAAGAUUCAGAAUGCGCUCAAAGAAGAGCGGGAGCGCCAUGAUCAGACCAAAGCAUGCCUACAGGAAGCAAGCGCUGAGCUUGAAGAAGCCCAGCAAGGCAGGAGGAGAAGUAGGAGCGACCCUUCACCUGGCCGUCUCCCUACGAUCGAGGAGAACGAUCAGAACGAGCUUGAGGCUAUGUUCGACACAGCACAACAGGAGAACUUGCGACUGCACAUGGAGGUCGAAGCCCUUGACAAGCGGGUUCGUGAUGCCAAUUCACGAGUCUUCCUUGCAGACGAAGAAAUUGAGGCGCUGCGCGAACAGCUGCGAUUAGAGCACGCUAUCAACGAAGACAUGGAGACUGCUAGGCCUAGCAUCGUGCAUCGUGUUCACUUUCAGCGAAUGGAAGGCCAGCUCAGGGAGAGCAGAGACGAUAUGGCCAGGAAAGAUGCGGAAGUACAAAACCUGAGAUUAACUUUGGCCGGAAAGGAUCGCCAGCUCGAGGCCCUCCGAGCAGACGUGGAAGUGGCUGUGAAGAAGAGCGAAUUGGCUCACGACGAAAUUGAGCAGCUCCGACAGUCCGUUGCAGACCUAGAGACCGCAAGGGAGAGACUCAUGCAAGACCACGAGCGUCUCGCUGCGCAACGCUCCAGGCAGCGUGUGUCCUCAGCCGAGUUCACCUCAGCACGAACAAGUGGUGCGACACUCAUCAACGAACAUAGCCCACCACAACGGCUGACAUCGCCAGAUGAUGCUCCGCCGGUCCCGGUCAUACCCAUGCUGGGUAGCCCUGUCUUGAGCAGUGUAGAGCAAAGAGAUACAUCACGCGGUCAUCGAAGGCACCAGAGUGACUCGCAGAGACACAGCUUGGCCAGCAACGAUUCUGUAGCCGAGAUGCGCAACGCAAAGCGGAGGAGCGGUUUAGGCCUGCGAGACAUGGUAAAGCGUCUGGUCAAGAAGGACACCAGCAUCGAAGGUGUACUUCGAAGCCCAACCAUCCCGGAAGAUCAGUGGGGCAACACUCCCACUUCUGCAGUCAAUAACACUGCACCGAAGCCCGUUCCACCGCCCGUGCGUGAACGUAGAUUGUCCCUUACUUCGCACCCACCAGAGCAGAAGAAGGAAGCCGAGCCUAUGCCUCGCCCCAUCCCUCGCCCCAUCUCAGGCCCGCCAAACAUGGUGAAUCGUCCGCGGACGAGCACGGCACCUACUGCCUCUAUGCCCCACCGCUUCCCCAGUAGGAAAGAGCUCGACAAGCAACACCUUGAGAGACCACGCACGGCAACACAACCAGUCAUUGGUACCCAGACAGCCACUCUACCCAAGGCUAUUCGUCUACCAAACCCAAGGCGAAGCUCGCAGCCGCGAUACUACACCAGCUCGACCGCGAUCGCAGUCAACAGCACAGAGGACUUUGGGCUGAAGGAUACCAGGCCGCAGACUGCUGCUACAGCGCCGUUGGCAAGUGUGGUCAAGGGCCUGGACCAGCAGGCCAAGCAUGACUCGGGUGUUGGUGCGAUCCCCGAAGGCGAGAGAAGCAAGUUGAGCAGAUUAAGCUGGGGAAACACGGCAAACAAGUUGAAGCGAAGAUCGCUCUACUAGAGCAAGCAAGGUAUGGAUGAUGUGAUACACGUUAUGUGACCUAAGG